GGAGACAGCACAAGUGUCAACGUGAUGACGUCAACGGUUUCGUGGGGCAGUAAGCUUUGUGAAUUCACAGUCGCGACACUCCAUAGACAGCCUUACAAAUCUUUGCAUCAUUUGAUCAGCGUAUUGCUCGCUACUUUUUAUGAAUUCUUUUGAGAUCAAAGAGGAGGCAUUAGCUUCAUCUACCGUGUUUGUGUUUUGCGUGGCGUGACGACAACAACGUUGUCUCCCCCUCGAGCUCAACUAGUCCAGACAUGAGUAACGUUAAUCUGAUUUUCUGGGACCACUUGCAGGCUGGCAGUUCCGACGUGGAUUGGUGUGAAGGCAAUUACCUUAUUUACCCUAGCAUCGCUGAGUUUUAUAACACGCAUCAAGUUACACAUUUCAGUGUCGAAGUCCCUCACGCUUCACGAAAACUUCUGCCGGUGUGUUUCUUUUCUCAUGGUGGGAUUUACCUCAUUUGGACUCUGCUGGUCGUGGUGGGUAUUGGAUCAACAUACUUCCACGCUACCCUCAGCUUCCUGGGCCAGAUGCUGGAUGAGUUGGCCAUCUUAUGGGUGCUCAUGUGUGCCAUCGCCAUGUGGUUCCCCAAAAGAUACUUGCCCAGGAUAUUCAGGAGAGAUCGGUCAAGGUUCAAAGUGGUUAUCGGAAUCCUGUCAGGGAUCACUACAGGGUUGGCCUUUGUUAAACCUGUUGUAAACUCCUUGUCGCUCAUGACUCUUGGCAUCCCGUGCACCGUGCUGCUCAUCACCGAGCUUAAAAGGUGUGAAAACCCGCGUGUGUUCAAGCUGGGUCUGGUCUCAGGGAUCUGGUGGGCCCUGGCUCUACUCUGCUGGCUCAGCGACAGGAUUUUCUGUGAAGUGUGGUCAUCUGUAAACUUUCCCUACCUACACUGUGCUUGGCACAUCCUCAUUUGUCUGGCUUCCUACUUGGGUUGUGUCUGCUUCGCCUACUUCGACGUUGCGAGCGAGGCUCCGGAGCGAGGUCCAGUCAUCAUGUUCUGGCCCAAUGAGAAAUGGGCCUUCAUUGGGGUCCCCUACGUUUCAUUCCUCUUUGUACACAAGAAGUCAACCAUCAAGGUGACUUAAGGUGAUCCACUUCUGCUCAGCUGGAUGCACUUUAACAUUUCUCACAGCUCCUUGUCCCACAAGAUACAUCACCAGACCGGUUGCCUCCUUCAAGCUCUUUGGAUUGGAUCACAGUGGUCUUUAUAACAGUGUUAUACUUCACCAAUGUCAAAAGAACAAAACAUGCCCCAAACACAACGUGAGGAAUUUGUGUUGGUGGCUUCCUACGAUGUUAGUGUUUUAAACAUGUGAUGAAGUUUGCCAGGAGGAGCAUUUGAAAUGUUGCUAAAGUAUUAUGUAUUUUUUGCUUUAUUAAAUAUUUUGUACAUGGUAUUACAACUCAGAAAACAAAUGUAAAGUAUCAAAUUGCCUUUAUAAAUAAAUUGCAUCUAAUAGGUGCACUUUGGCCAUUAUGAAACCAGCAUUAUAGACAAUAAUGCACUGGAUACAACAACUGAGUAUUUCAUCAGAUACAAAAUGAGGUGCUCCGAGUUCAGUGCAACUCUGAUUGGGAUGCUACAGUAGUAACAUUUGUCUAACAUACUCUUGUACUUUAUUAACCAAUGAUGUCUUUGUAUAUUAAUGAAUGAAGAGCCAUAUAGCCAAAAUGUCAAAAAGUGAAUGUGGACAAAUAUGCUGUAAUUGGCACAUAGCAAACUACUAACACAACAUUUCAAGUCUCAUAUUUGUAUUUUAUUUUAAGAUGCAAGUAACUUUCCAAUGUUUUGUAACAGUUUUAUAGUGAUAGAAGUAUUUUUUUGAACUUGGAAAUCUCAAAUGUCAUGUUCUCUGGCGUUUAUCCAAUCUAGAUUCAGUAUGGUGAGACAGACUAUAAACUUGGAAAAUGUAUGACAAUUAUGUGCAAAUCUUAAACUGGAAAAUAGCUUUCAGAUUAAAACAAAAAUGCAAAGCUCUCCUGUAAACAUGGUACAGGACAUACCGUAUGCUGUCCAAAGUUCAUAUUUAUUUAUUCCUAAAAGUGUAUGUUUAUAGCAUGAAGUCACAAACUGAUUUAUUAAUUGAAUCAGCUGAUAAAAUAAUUGGACAGAUUUUUGAUGUCCAAAGUAAGGAUGUUUGAGCAAAAAUCAGCUAUUAAAAUUUAAAACUGAGACAUGGUUUCCAAAAAGCUUUAUAGAUUUAAAAAAAAAAAGCUUCAUGUCAAAUGAUUGUAUUCCAUGAGAUAGAACUGGCUCAAGCGAAGUCACAUGAAAGCUCAAAUGAAGGACUGACAGAGAAACAUGUUCGAGUUAUAUUUAAACACAGAAAUAAUUGUAGAAAAUGAAAAUUAAAAAUAUAUACAAAUCAUAUGAAACGAAUGGUUUUAGUAUGGUAUGACUACCUCUGUAUUGCCAAAUAUAAUUGUUUGUAUUGCAUCAUCCAGACAUGCAGUAUUGCCAACGUAAACAAUGUUUUGUUGUGCGGUUGACAAAUACGUGAUUGUAUAUUUUUGAAUGAAUUGCAGUGCACAUUGUGCAGAAAAUAAUUGAAGUGAUAUUCUCAAACUUUUAUUGGGAUCACAAAGCAAUAAUUUGUGCACUGUCACAUGGACUUUUGUGUGUUUUUUCCUUCAUUGGCGACAGUCACGUGUAACAGAGUUAUUUAUUUUCAUAAUUUAUCCUGUUUUGUAAACAAAUUUUGUAAUAGAUUAUAAUAUUGGUACUUUAUUUUAUGCAAUAAAUGGAGCCAAUGACU